GCCCCGGGGGCGGAGUCCGGCGGGCGCGGCCGAGAGCGGGCGGAGGCUCCGGGUCCGGCGCUCCCUCCGGCCACUGACGCGAUGCCGGCUGCAGCGGGCGGGGCGGCCGGCCCGGAGGGGAUGUGACAGGCGGCCCUUCGCUCACCUGCGGUCCUUGCGCCUCAGGUUCCGGGCGAGCCGCCCUGGGCCGCGCCGAGGAGGCAGAGCGGAUCCGAGCGGAGCUCCACUCUGAAGGAGGUGAGACAGAAAGAAAAAGUUUCAGAGAGAUUUACCAAGAUGGACCAAGAUUCUGUCAAAUUUUAAGAACAAAUGUACCAUAUAGCUCAUGGAAGAAAAAACACAAAUCAAGACAUAUUUGGGUUCCAAGUUGCCAAAGUAUGGAACAAAAUCUGUAAGAAGUACACUGCAGCCAAUGCCAAGUGGGACACCUGUUAAUUUAUUGGGAACUUCCAAAACUAGCAGCAUCAAAAGUUACAUCAAAAAUAAUGGCUCUGAUUGUCCAUCAUCCCAUUCAUUUAAUUGGAGAACAACAGCUAAGUACCAACUUAGUGCACCAAGUGCUGAGGAACCUAAUGAUACUCAAAGUUCACAUGAUAAAGUAAUUGAUCCUGAAAAACAUGCACCUGCUCAAGGAAUGUUUGCUAAAAAUGGGAUAAAGGGAGAUUUGAAGAGUGUUUCUUUUACAUCAAACUUAGCGAAGCCGUCCACUAUGUUUGUGUCAUCUACAGAGGAAUUAAAACAAAAGUCUUUGUCUGGACCAUCCGGUUUGGGUAAAUUCACCAAAGGCACGAUAUUAGGAAGGACUUCAUAUUCUCUAGUCAGUGCUCCAACAUCGCAGUUGAGUGGGUUCUAUGUGAAUCGAUCAGCUGGUAGCAUAAAGAGGCCUAGAGCAAACUCCUGUGCUACCAGAAGCAGUUCUGGAGAAAGCUUAGCACACACCCUAGAUAAUAUGAAAUCUCUUACUUGUGAAAAAAUGGUAAGGUCACAGAGUUUUUCACAUUCCAUUCAGAAUUCAUUCUUUCCACCUUCAUCUAUAACCAGAUCACAUUCCUUCAGUAGAGCUGCAGAUCUUAAGCCUUAUCAGAACCAACAUCUACCCAUUAGAAUGCCUCUGAGGGCAAGUAUGCUAACAAGAAAUUCCCAGCAGUCUGACGUACUCAGUGGGCAUGAACAUUUAGGGUAUGGAUUUAAUAGGCCUUAUGCUGCUGGUGGAAAGAAGUUGGCUUUAUCAAAUGGCCCAGGUGUAACUUCCACUUUGGGUUAUAGGAUGGUUCAUCCCUCUCUACUGAAAUCUAGCCGAUCUCCAUUUUCUGGGACUAUCACAGUUGAUGGUAAUAAAAAUUCACCUGCUAGCACAUGUGUAGGGGAAGAUACUGGACUUUUGGCUAAGGACAGAGCUACCAACAAGGACCAAGGACUAAUUGAAAAUAGUGAUAGAACAGAAAAUGGCCAGACCAUGAAGCAUGAUGCUAAAAUUAGAUACCUGAGUGAUGAUGUGGAUGACAUUUCCUUAUCUUCUUUGUCAUCUUCUGAUAAGAAUGAUUUAAGUGAAGACUUUAGUGAUGAUUUUAUAGACAUAGAAGACUCCAACAGAACUAGAAUAACUCCAGAGGAAAUUUCUCUCAAAGAAGAAAAGCAUGAGCAUAUACCAACAAAGGAUACAGUUGAUUCCCCCAAGGAAAAUGAAAAAUGCUUCAGUAAAACUGAUGACUGGAUAGAUAUAAGUGUCUCUGACAGGAGUGAAUGUACAAAACAUACUUCUGGGAGUAACUUGAUUUCACCAGAUACAGAUUACAGAGCUGGUUCUUCCUUUGAACUCUCUCCAUCUGAUAGCUCUGAUGGAACAUACAUGUGGGAUGAAGAGGGCUUGGAGCCCAUUGGAAAUGUCCACCCAGUUGGGAGCUAUGAGUCCUCUGAAAUGAACAGCAUAGAUAUUCUGAAUAAUCUUGAAUCAUGUGAUCUGGAGGAUGAUGACCUUAUGCUUGAUGUGGAUCUGCCUGAGGAUGCAUCUGUUGAAAAUGUGGAGUGUGACAAUAUGAAUCGCUUUGAUCGAUCAGACAGAAAUGUUCGGCAGUCUCAGGAAGGAUUUUGGAAAAGGUCACCCCAGAGGUGGAGUGGACAGGAACAUUACCCCCUCAGUCAUCCUGACCGCUAUCAUCACCAUGGAAAAAGUGAUUUGAGCAGAGGCUCUCCCUACAGAGAAUCUCCUUUGGGUCAUUUUGAAAGCUAUGGAGGGACCCCCUUUUUCCAGGCUCAGAGAAUGUUUAUAGAUGUACCUGAAAAUACAGUGAUACUGGAUGAGAUGACCCUCCGGCACAUGGUCCAGGAUUGUACUGCUGUAAAAACUCAGUUACUCAAACUUAAACGUCUGCUGCAUCAGCAUGAUGGGAGUGGAUCAUUGCAUGAUAUCCAGCUAUCAUUGCCAUCUAGUCCGGAACCAGAAGAUGGCGAUCAAAUAUACAAGAAUGAAGAUUUAUUAAAUGAAAUAAAACAACUUAAAGAGGAAAUAAAGAAAAAAGAUGAAAAAAUCCAACUAUUAGAACAUCAGCUUGCAACUCGGUGUAACUGCCACCAAAAAUCUAAAGAGGAAAAAUGCACAUAUGCCGAUAAAUAUACCCAAACAUCCUGGAGAAGAAUUCCUCCUCAAGUACUACAGCCUUUCAGCAGCCUUGCCAGACCCACAGACCACGCCCAGGGAAAACUAACAAAAUGGCAGCAUAGCGAGGACCACAGUGAGCUCGCGGGCCAGGGCGCCCAUCCAGGGGCCGCAUGCCGGGAUGACAGCUUUGCACAUGACUCGCAGCAAGAAGGCAGCGGUAGCCUGGAAGGCCGGCCUUUCUCCUCAAGCCCACAGCUCACUGAGGAGGUGGGUAAGAGUGCGCCUUCGGCAGCAGGCUGGGACAUGACCGUGGAUGCUCCAGAGCCUUAUCAUUUGGCAAAUAAUCCAAUGAAUGACAUGCAGGUGGUACCCACUUCUUCUCAAACACUUACCCAAUCGAGUUCAGGAGACCAGGCUAAGAGAGUUGGAAGAAACCAGUCUUUACCAGAGGACGACACGUCUCAGCCCAAAUCCUUGCAGCUUUUGAAGCCAUCCAUCUUGAGUUCUUUGGUACCUCCUUCAGUUUCUGAAUCAUCUCCAAGUAGGACUCCCACCUGUAAGAAUUCACCAGUAAUGGCACCAUGUAAUUCAGCAAAAAUUCAGCUAACAUCUAGUCAAACAAAUCUUGCAAAUAAUCUAAAUCCACGAGCAUCUAAGCUCCGCCCUCCUUCUGGCUCUUUCAAACAAAAACAAAUAAUCAACCCCCGACCGGAGCCUCAAAACUUCCAGGCCAAGACAAGCAUCCCAAGGCCAUUAACAAAGAGAAAAGAGAUCAUGCAGAACCCAAAUGGCAAUUUGAAUUCUGGGGAUGGUUUGUCGUCUAAUCGGUAUUCUCGUCUUCCUAAACCAAAGAUACACUAAGUACAUAGUCAUCACCUGCCAAUUUGUCUUUUUAAAAAAAAUCUGUAAUAGCUUUACAUGCAGUUUGCUGCCAUGGUGGAGGUUCCAUUAAAAGCUUGCGAAUCUUAAAACAUUAAAAUGUGGAAGCUUCUACUCGUUUGGGCUCUUCCAUUUAUAUCCUGGUCGAAGCACAUAGCAGUGAAGUGUAUUUGUCUCAGGUGAACAUGAGCGUUUGCUUUCCCAUCUCAGAGGCCCACAGAGGCUCUCACUCUGUGACCACUGCUCGCACACCAGAAAAGGCCCAGUCCGCCACGUAGCAGGCAAGACAUGUGCCUUCGUGCCCCUCGUCCUCUCACGGUCUGGACUGAUUGUGGUCAGAGCCUCACUCUUUUUCACUUGCCCUCUUGUGACCAUGGUUCUUCUUUUAAGUAAAGAUUUGGUGGUAGUGGGAGGUGGUAGGUAGUCUGUAAGCAGGGUUCUGGCCAGUGAUUCGUAGAUUGAAAAGGUCUAUACGAAAGCUCUAUGGUGGACAAAGGAGACCCUGCCUUCCGUGGGAAGCUAUGAGUUCUAUCUUUCCUUGCUAGUAAGCUGCUCUCAAUAUUAACUUACCAAGUUCCCAGGAUAAAAUGUUUCAUAGGAUGUAUAAACCAAUUACAUAUCACUAACAUUUUGUUUAUACAUGCACACCAUUGUGUUUGCUUUUGGUACUGGAUAAAUUUUGGAAAGUUUAAGACACAUCUUGAAACCUAUACCCUAAAGGUGUAUUCAUUUGUAACGUGUUGGUGCUAGAGUUUUGCUGGUAAUUCAGUUUUGGACCCUAUAGGCUUAUGGAUUCAAGAUAGCUGUUUUAAAAUCACAGCAUAUAUUUUAAAUUAAGUCUUUAUUGUAAUAUGUGUAUUUAUUGACUUUCUGCUAAUAUCUGAAGACCGGAAUAAUGGACUUGAAAUGUUUGCACAAAACUUGGAUGGGAUAUAAAUAUCCCAUGCAUAGGGAAUUAGACUAUUUUCUGUAGCAAAAAAAAAAAAAGCUAAAAUAUUUUGGCAAUAAUUAUAAAUGUAAGUAGACCAUCUUGAGAAAGCUAGAAUACACAGCGCUUUUGCUGAGUUGUCAGGUCCCCUUUAUGUUGGUGUGUAUUUGAAUGUCAGUUUCUUAAAAAGUAGGUUUGGGAAGAGAAAUAGAAUUAGAGAGUGGAAAUUGUGUUUUAUUAAAGGUAUUAAAAGAUACGUCAGUGGCAAUGUGCUUAACUAAUGUCCUAGGAAGAUAGCUGUGGAGCGCCAGGGACCAGGAGCGCUCACCGAAUCAUGCCGUGGGCGCUCUUCAGAAGCUCCAUCAGUGUGCCCUGCUCUCCCAGAUCAUGUCCUGAGGUGGUUUGCCUGUUGUGGCUUUGGUUAGAGUUACUGUCUUUCAGAGAGAUGGGCUUUCACAAUGUAGAUUUUUGUUGUGAUCAGCUGACCAAAAUGUAUCAAAAGGGGUUCUGGCCAAAAACUUAGCCACUCACAUUUCUAGAGAUUCUUUUUAAAAAUGUACAUUGGUGAAACUCUCUGCCCCUUUUUAAAGAAAUAACAGCAAGUGCUUUAAUGUAAAUUUCAAGAGUUGAUGGAUUACUACCAUUUUGAGGUAGUCUUCCCGUACCAUUCCAGUGAAUUUGCCCUUCACUGGGUACAAACCAUUCUUGGAUUUGGUAGCAGGCAACACCAUCCUCUCAUUUAGCGGCACUUCUGCAGGAGAAACACAAAAGUUCAGAAACUUCACAUUGUCCAGAAGGUGUUGGUGUCAGCCACCGCAGCAAAGCUCUUGUUUGUGCUAGAGACGAGCAGUGAUGCUGUGGCUGGCAGUGGGCACAGGUGCUCUUUCAUUUGGGAGGAGAAAGAAGCUGACCUCAUGUAUUAUAAGUGGGGUGUUAUUACACUAAAGAGGGGUCCCCAAAAACGUACACACACUUUAACAGCUGGUGACUCAUGGAGUUUUCACUCCUUUCAGGGUUAACUGAUUUGAAAUAUAGUGAUGGGUGAAGUCAGACUAAGCCUUUAACAAAGAAAAUUUAUCCUAAAAUGCCACUAGACUUUUUAAUGAGGAUGUAUAGAAGAUACAGUUUACAGUACAAAACCAACAACAGUCAACAUUGAGGGUGCACAAAUAUCAAACAAAAUUAUUCUUGAUGUUUGCUUCACGUUAUCAGCACUUCCUGGACCAAACCAGUCAUCAGUUUGAAAAUAGGCAUUGGCAAAAAAAAGUAUUUCUGUAGAUUCCUUUAAAUUUUGAAAGUGAACUGUAUGUUAAAUAAACACUGACUUUAUAAUAAUUCAAAAUGUGUGUACACUUUGGGGGACACGCUGUAUUUCCUACAUAAUUCAUCCUGAUGAGUCAGGAGGCCUUUGGCUGAUGUAGAAGUUGAUAGACAUAUCAUGAGGGGGCAGGUUCUUUGGAAAAGACAAUGAUGCCGGGACAGUGGAAGGCAGCGGAGAAGAGACCACACAGAGGUGAGGCCUGAGUCCGCAGAGCUGAGCAGGUGCUGCAGACGGGCAGGGUGCCCAUCACUCACUCAGGCAUCGGCCCCAGGCGUUGGAGCAGACCGGCAGCAUGGAGCACAUACACACUCCUGUGUAGCAGUCAUUAGUAGGUCUUGAUCUUUAAGCAAAAAGUUUUAAUUUUUUACAUUAUUUUUAACCCUCUAGUCUGAGGGAAAUGUCUAUUACAUAAAAAUAAUGGCUUCUGCAGUUCUUUUAUUCUGAUAUUUUCCUGCUCUUUUUUCUUCCUGAUUAAUAUGCAGAAAUAUGAAUGAACCCAUCAUUUCAAACUCCCUGUACCUCUGUUUAGCCUUGAUUUUGGCAGAAGGCUCAUCAAUAUAAUUACGAGGCAUCAUACAUUUAAGAGAAAAACAUGGAGGAUGCUUUCACAAAACCGACAAAGUAUUUGCCUGCAGUUUUCUUUAAAAUGCAAGAAUAUUGUGUUAGGCUACUCCUUAGUAAAUGUUAAGUCGGAAAUGAAGUGAGGCUAUAGCUUGCCUGAUUUGGCUUAAUCUCCGUUUAAUGUUUCUGUAUAUCAACUCUGUAUGUCACUUAAUGCACUUCCUUCUACACGCAGAGCGUACUCAGCCUUCAUUGAGUAGGAGUUCAGGUCACUUUUAUCUUAGUUCUUGUGAUUUCAGUGAAGAUGGUUGCAGUGCUGGAAUUCCAAGUCCUGAGGAAGAAGUUUUCUGGGGAUUGGUUAAGUUUCACAUUGUGAAAGAGAAAAAUUACUAGAGUAUGUACAAGUGCAUACAUUGGGCUGUUAAUGGGAUGCACACAGAAUUCUUUAAAGAAAGCCUGGCGUGAGGUGUUUAUCCGCCCAGGUGCAGAUGACUGGUGCAUUAAAGGACCACAUCAUUUAGAUGUAAAAGUCAUUUAGAACGUUUCUAAAGACUGAGGCCCUCUAACGUUUUUCUCUUGUAGUCUCAUUUUAAUUUGUGCAAUAUCUUCAGGCAUAUCGACUACUGUUUUGUAUUUGUAUAGAUAUUAGGGAACCUAAAUAUUUUAACAAGUAAAAACCUAAAUAUGAAAGAAAAUAUCAGAUUUGCACUUUAAAUGAGCUUAAUUGCUUGGAGCUGUGCCUGAAAUAUCCAAAUGCCUCCUAUUGGGUGUGGCUUUUUUGUUGAAAUCAUCGGUUCACAGAAUUACACCCUCCACGUGCCACUUUUCCCACUAAAGCACUAACUUCUUUGAGUGUUUCAUUGACCCCUCAACGCGUCAAAGAGAGCAUGACCCUCCUGUGGCUGGCACUUCUAAGUCUUCCUGUAGCACAGAGGGUGUUAAACGCGGAGGUACCUCCUGUCCAAGCAGUUGUCGCCACCAUUUCCUGGUCUCAAGGGCACAGAGGAGGGGAUUUGGAAUCACCAGAUGGGCUUGCGCUGAAGAUCAGCGAGCCCGCAGCACAUUUCUGUUCACUCAGACUGACAGUGGUUUCCGUGUUCAUGGGUUAGUUGGGUGGUUAUGUUUGCAUGCGUAUGCACACAUUAAAGUUAAUUAUAAGGUAUAAUACAAAUACCUGAUAUUUUCUUGGGGAUGAUGGCCUUGCUAUUUUUCUUAAUAUUGAUGUUUGAAUUAAAUUACCUAAUUUCUUUCCACACCUCCCUUCAGUGUUUUUGCGGCAGGAAUUUGAAAGAAUACAUUUGAAUAAAUGAUUAUGAUGGUGGGUGACAAUCUACAACUAUGCUAUUAAUUAAAGAUACAUCAGAUAUUUUAGCUGUUGAGGAAAAGCUAUCCAUUUUCUCCUUGGUAAAGCAUU